AUGGGAAAGCUCGCCGCUGGUCAGCUCCGCAGCCAUGGCGGCCGCAGGCCUGGGGCAGGCCGCAAGAGAAAAAAUCUGCAAGUAGCACGAGGAGCCCAGAGGAAACCACAACAAGUUCGCAAGCUGCUGGGACUUGACAGACCUGAAUUCAAGACAAAGGCUUGGGAUGCACGCAACCCUGUCACGUUCCUGACAGUGGCGACAAUCGUUUUCUACCUGACACGCUACUUGAUGGAUAGCCACAAGGAAGUUGCCGUAGACUGGGCAGAGGUGGCAGUGGCAUUUGGGAAGGCAGACAGACAACGCAUGUAUCACACUGCUGCUUGCACAUUGGCCACUGCCCGCAACGGCAUGAAGAAACUCAAAGUCCCUUCGUCGACCUGCAGGCUACAAAGUUUGAGGCCAUGCUGCCAUGCUUACAUAGGCACCCACUGUUCGUUGCCAGAGAUCAUGUUUUGUAGCCGGAUCCAUCCAUUGAAGCCCACUCUACUCGAUCCUUUCACGGCAGCUACUGCGGCAUGGUUACGAGAAGUGACAGGUGAGCAAAAUAGGCGCGGAUACAUGACUGCCCCUGAGUGGAUUACUUUGAUAGCUUUUGGGAAGCUUCGGCAGCAGAGUGCGGUUACGCUCCUUUUACCUUCCCACUCAAACUAUUUGGGUUUCCAUUCCUUGGCUGAACCUUCCCAGAUGGGAAUAUUCAUCGCUGCUCAAGAUUCCAUCGCUUGGACCCAACAGCUCACGCAGGAAAUGAGCAAGGUUGGAGGGCUCAAUUCCACGAAAGCAAGCGUGUGCUUGGCAAACUUGUGGUCUCAGUUCUCAGAUCCAACUAUCUUUGUGAAGCUUCAGAGGACCAAGGACUAUCACGGAAUGGUGCAGGUGCUUCAGGAGUUGCCCGGGCAUGGUCCUUUCAUUGCCAAGAACAUUGUGGAAACAGUGUUGAAUGCCGUGCAUCUCAGCGGCAUUGCUGCCGGUGACAUAGGGACAAAUUUGAAUGAAACCAUAGAAGACUACUUGGCAGACCCUGUUGCAGUUCUUGGACCUGGUCCCUUAGCUCUGGGGAGGUUUUUUUUUGGCAAAGGGUUUGCAAACAGCGACUUUGAACACGUACGACGCUGCGUGAACCAGUUGUGCCAGGACGCCACAGUUUGUUACAAGGGCGCUUCCAUUUCUCCCGGAGCUUUGACGGGUCCUCAAAUGCAAGCUCUGUGGUGCAAGCUUAAGGGAACCAUAGAUGACUAUUGCACCCAAACUUUGGGCCAGCAUCUGAGGAGAUGA